CGUGACUGUCACGGUCCUGACUCGGAACUCCUACUGAAGUGACCCACUUGUUGCAGCCGAAUCCCGACGAGAUUGCGAAAGCGAAGGUUGCCGCCAGUCUUGCAGGGUCGCCCCUUCCAAAUCAGCACAUUGGGAAAACCACCGCAGUGAGCUGUCAGUCUCUUACUCGCCCACCUUGUGCUUCGUGUCAGCUGCAUGUUACUGCAUGCACCUCCGCAAGCAGGUUGGCACAUACGUGUCGAUGUACGCAAUCUUGGCGGCGACCACGUGUCUGGAAAAUGGCGCAGAACUUGCGCCACAAUCUGCCAGACAAGCAGUUUCCAGACCUGCAUGCAGAUUGCCCUCUGUGACGUGUCAGGGCGGCUAGGCCUGCGUAUCGCGAAGUCCCAGUCUGUUUGAGCAAUUGCAAAAGCUGCGUUCCGUAUGAUAAGAAGCAGGCCCCACAGCAAUUGCUCAUCACAAUCACAAGCAAGCCCCAACAACAAUCCUCAGAAACAGAGUUGCUCACUUUCAAAAAAGUACACUCUUUGCCCCCAGAAACUCGUAUCGAAACAGCCCACCAAGCGAAAACUAUGGCUUUCAACCAGAACCGCGCAGGAGCUCCCAACAGCGCCGCUGGCCGCGCCGCCGAGGCCAUUGAGAACCGCACUGGCCCCACCUCUGCUGUCGGUCGCGCUGCCGGCAACUUUGCUGACCGCGAGGAGAUGAAGCACGGAUCCACCGGGACCGCUGCCGGGCUCACUGGCACUCGCGCCACCGGCAUGACCGGAACUGGGCUCACCGGGCAGCACCACAUGGGCACCGGUGUCGCUGCCGGCGCCGGCCGGAUGAUGCGCGAUGAGCAGUAUGACCGGGAGGCACUGCAGGGUGUGACUGGGAUCCGCUCCGAGACCACCGGACAGGGCCCUGCGUACUGCCCCAACCCUAACGACUCGACCCUGCCUAAGGAGUUCGAGACCCGGGUCCAGGUCAUUGAGAAGGUGCCUGAGAUGAAGACCGUCACCAAGACCGACUAUGUUAAGCGCCUGGAUGAGCGCACCGAGACUGUCCUGGUCCCCAAGACCAAGGUGGUUAUGGAGGAGGUUGAGCGUGUGGACAUGGUUCCCCACGUCAAGGAGAUCCCUAAGACCCGCACUGAGACCAGGCACAGGGUUGUUGAGGAGCAGGUGCAGGUUCCCUACACUGAGAAAGUUGUUGUCAAUGUGCCCGUCCCACGCAAGGAGACUGUCCCCCGCGUGGUCACUGAGCAGGUCGAGACCACUGUCACCGUCCCCAUCGUCAAGGAGGUGCCCGUGACCCGCAAGGUCGAGGUGCCCACCGGCAACUACUGCGAGAAUCCCGUCAACGAGUUCCACCACGCUGGCAAGGGCUUGCCCACCGGUCUCCACGGGGAGAAGCUCGGCCACCACCCCAACGUGCUGAACAAGGAUUUGGGCGCACACACCAGCACCGCCACCGGGACCGGAAUUGCGGCCGGAACCGGUCUUGGAGCUGGUGCCCACCACACCACCGGAACUGGAAUGACCGGAACUCACACCACCGGAACUGGGUUGGCUGGAACUCACACCGGAACCACGGCCGCCGUCCCCAAGAAGAAGAGCCUGCUCCAGAAGAUUGAAGACAAGCUGAUGCCCGGCCACCAUUAAAUGGAAGGAAUGAUAGCGCUGUAGCGACUGGUGUAUGAACGUUGGUAAUUUGGUGGUUGGUAAAAAACUUGUGCAGAUUCGUUUGUAACAAAACGGAGAGGAAGUGUAGAUACGUUCGUUUUCUAGAUGAACUAUGUUUAUUGCACCGCAAAUUGCCCAAGAGUUUAGGGAAGCACGCGUAGGUAACAAAACAUUGAUCACGUUGACUGUCGUCUGGACCUAUUUAUAAACUGGUAGGGCUUUUUUGACUCACACAGUAUUCUCGCUCAUUCAACUCACAAAAAUUGUCUCGCUUUCUUUCCCUCGCAAAGACACCUUCCAUUUUGCACAUAAUUUCCACCACCUUAUAAAUCAACUUAUAGAUGUAAUCACCAGUAACCUCCGAUACUUUUA